AUGUGCUCUUAUGUAGAUUUCAAAAACCCUGACAAUCCCGAUGACGAGAGUUUCAACCCUGACCCCGUCUCAUACCCCGUCACUGAAUUGGAAUACCCCAACUCCGGAGCAUCGGAGAAAUUUAUAUUACUCGCACCGAGAGACAGAGAGCAUUAUAAUCCCAUAAUGUGUUUGGAAAAUACCCUGUAUACCAUGCUGCGUUGUUAUUUGACUCCAGCUCAGCGGGCUCUUUUCGGAACACUGCCCGAGGAUGUGUUUCAAGACGACGCAUCCAGUGCUGCUCCGAGCCCUGCAAUCACUGUGCAAACUGUGGCUGAAUUGAGUCCUAGUUCAUACCCGUCGUCAUAUGUAUCCUCGCCACCCCCUUCCGAGUCCGAAUCCACUACAUUCAACUAUCUGCGGCUCCUGCAGCGCGCCUACCGUAAGCGCGAUGGGCCUAGAUUCCUCAAGGUGAUGGACGCCAUUAACACACUACUCCGCCUCCUCAAGUACCCGCCAAUGCCUCCGGACCCGUUUGAGCCUCACUCGCCGAAUCAUUUCGUGGACGCGGUCAAGUCGUGGACUCAGAUCCCACCAGAUGUCGUCACGCGAAUACUGAACGAGACAUACCAGCGUGCAGUAGGUCCGCGCGUCGCUGAGUUGAGCCGUUACCCUGCCUUCUCGUCGACGGUGUAUGGCGAGCUCGAACCCAAGCUCGUCGCGCGAAUCAUCCGGGAGACUGGCCUGCGCGCGGACUCGCUCUUCCUGGACCUCGGCUCAGGCGUCGGACAGGUCGUACUCCAGGCAAGCCUGCACACGGGUUGCACAAGCUUUGGCGUAGAGAUUAUGCCUAUUCCGGCAGAUAUUGCGCGCAGCCAGCGCGAACAAAUACAUAUGCGCUGCAGGAUGUGGGGCGUCACGAUGGGCGAGGUGGAGCUCGAGGAGAACGACAUGCUGAAAAGCACGAGGGUCGACGAGCUUAUCUCGAAGGCGGACGUCGUCCUUGUCAACAACAAAGUCUUCGAUGAGAAAUUAAACAACGACCUCAAAUCCAAGUUUCUGGACCUGAAGGAAGGUGCGAUCGUCGUCUCCCUCAACCCAUUUGUGCCGUCUACACGACUGAGCGAGCGCAAUCUGGAUGAUAUCAGCGGAAUCUUCCAGGUCACAGAGAGGCCGUAUGGUCACGGCGAUGUUUCUUGGGGCAGUGGCGAAGGCUCGUACUACAUCCACCGUGUCGACCGCAGAGGCUAUACAGAGAUUAAGACACGGUUGGAAUCUCGGGCAAACAACCCUCGGACUACACGCUCGCGGCGGUGA